AUGACACAGCCAGCAGCGACAUCAGCAGUAUCUCACGACAAUCUCGAAAUUCCCCUCAUAGACUUCAGCGCCUUCUUACAUCCCGUCGUCCAAGACUCAGAAAAGGACUCGAGUUCCAAACUCCCCACGGCCCUCGCCAUCCUACACGGCUUCCAAACCUCCGGCUUCAUCUACCUCCUCAACCACGGAAUCCCUCGCGAAAAAAUCCGCCAAGCAUUCUCUCUUUCGGCGAAAUUCUUCCAGCGACCCCCAGAGCAGAAAUUGGCCUUGGGAUGGACGACCCCGAAAGCUAAUCGAGGAUAUAGUCAACCAGGAAGAGAGAAAACGACAGAUGCGACAGAUCCGGAGGAAAUUCAAAGGAUUCGAAUGGCUGAGGGACAGGAUUUGAAGGAGUCAUUUGAGAUUGGGAGGGAAGGGGUGGAUCAGGAGGGGUGUGAGAAUUUGUGGCCGGAUCGGUUCGAUGAGGAGGGGAAAGAGGAGGAGGGGGAGGGGAAAGUGUUCAAGAGGGAGAUGUUGGAAUUUUUUGAAUUGGUGAAGCAAUUGCAUGUGCAAAUUAUGAGGGCGAUUGCGGUGGGGUUGGGGAUUGAUGGGUAUUGGUUUGAUGGGUAUACGGAUGCGGGGGAUAAUACGUUACGGUUGUUGCAUUAUCCCGAGGUGGAUGCGGAGGUGUUUAGGAAGAAUAGGAAUACGGUGAGGGCUGGGGCGCAUACGGAUUAUGGUAGUAUAACGUGUCUUUUUCAGGAUAUGCGUGGUGGGCUGCAGGUGCUCAGUCCAAACGGCAACUACAUCGAUGCCACACCCAUCGAAGACGCCAUUGUGGUGAAUGCAGGUGAUCUCCUCGCGCGGUGGAGCAAUGAUACCAUCAAGAGCACCAAGCAUCGCGUGGUGGAGCCACCCUCAACAGCAGAUGUGCACCCCGCUCGAUACUCGAUUGCCUAUUUCUGUAACCCCAAUUUUGAUCGCUUCAUUGAUGCGAUCCCGUCCACGUACGAUGCCAGCAGGCCGAAGAAGUACGAAGGUAUUAACAGUGGAGAUUAUCUAGAACAGCGGCUCUCGGCAACGUACUGA